AUGUUCUCGUCAAUCUUGAACAAGUGUGUAAAACCAACUUUAUUCACUGGAACUAGAUCUCUCUUUGGCAACCAUGGUGUUAGACAAGCAAAUCAAACGUUUCUGUCCAUUAGAAACGAGAAUGAAUUAGCCAAUACGUUAAUUGCCAGUGGUAAGACUCCGAUAAUUUUAAAUUUCACCGUUCGUAACAACGCGAUAUGCGACAAAUUGACGGGAGCGUUGGAUCGUAUAGUGAUGUUCGAAACUGAUAAGAAAAUCAAUUCAGUCGACGUGGAGACAGAUUUUGCUGAAACUAUGGAUUUCCUGGUGAGAUUCACGGUUAAGGACAUACCAUCACUGGUAGCAGUCAGGAGAGGUUUCCCGGUAGAUUGGUAUGCGCCCGACGACUUGAGAACGAGAGAUGUUGAUUGGAUAAAUCUGAAGGAAUGGAUUGAAAGAAAUGCUGAUGAUCGAUAA